CAAGGGAUAGGCUAACGUUUUGUCUGCGGGAACUUCGUGCAGGAUUUCACCCCAGGAUAGAGUAACCUGGAUUUGUUCAGAUGUCGAAAGAAAACACGUGGUCCGUCGUCCUCCUGAUGUUCGUCCACCUGCUGUGUCCCGUGCUCUGCGGCUUUGACAAGGUGUGUACGUAUGAGAUCUACCAGCGAGGGGUUCACGCCCAGGGAGCCUGCGGGGACUCGCUCUCCGACAUUCUCGCCCUCGUCUGCAGUAAAUCCAAAAGGUCCGCCCGCGUCCGACAAGACAAACAUACUGGCAUGCCGAAAUAUAAUGCUACUAUGCCUGAAAGACUCUUCCCGUCAAAAAGAAUAAGCCAGCUCGCCAACAUAAAACUACAGAAUCCAGUCUUGAAUAAUAAACUGUCAGCCUGGAAAUUUGUCAUCAAGAAAUUCUUCUCGAACAAAGAGAGAGCACUCGCCUUCCUUGUCGGCGACUCGGCGGCAGCCAAUGGCCAGAAAAGAGGAGUAAAACUUCCCCCCGUAAAACGAUCUGGAGACAUGAACAUAGUCUGCGAGUGCUGCUACCACAGCUGCGAACUAGAGGAAUUCCAAGAUUACUGUGAAUGACAGACAGCUAGUAUACCAUUCCGGCACCACCCUGUUGUUGUCCAGAAUAACAGUCCAUUACUCAGUGGUGGGCCUAAUUUAUGUUGAUGCAUGGAUUUUAAAAGUUCCCCCUCUCCUACUGAUGAAGUUUAACUAAUUUUAAAAUACCAAAAUAGAUCGUGUAUCUAUAUAUAGACAGUAUUGUAAAGCAUUGUGUUACGGCAAAAACCAAAACCUGCCAUACUUCCUCCACAUGCUAGAAAAUUUGUCCUCAGUUUUAGUUCUGAUGAGUCUGUUAGGUCCCAGUUGUGGUAAUUCAGGUCACAUCUUGUCUUUCAUAGGACGCAGUUAUUUAUACACGCAUGUGUGAAUUGUUUUUACAAAAUGUGCAGUCUGUAGAGAAUUAGAAUUAUUUUAAGGUGGAUCGAUCCUCAUGUGAUUUAUCAAUAUCAAUGGUUGAAAGUGGGAAAACUGUAUUAAUUUCCACUCAAUAUUGUUAAAUUUGAUUAAUAACCAAAGAAAAUGUGUAUGCUGCCACAUUUUUAAAGCUGUCAGACAUACAUAAACAGAAGGGACUGAUUCACGAUUUCCCCCCAAAUUUUGAUUUUUACUUUAAAUGAUCAAAAUCUAAAGUCCAAUAUGUUUAGAAGGUUUCACAAAAAAUUAAGGUUAUUCGUCAUGACAGAGGCUCAUUAUAGAGAGUUUAUUAUUUGUUUUGAAAACAAAGAUUGAGGUGUGUUAUUGUUUACGAUGUUUUCAAAAUAAAUGGAUAUUGUCCAA